AUGGGGAACCCGCAGAACAGGUGGCCUAACUCUCGUCUCCAAGACAGACAAGACAUCUUGAAAUACAUUUCAAUGCAGGACCUGAACUAUUGCCGGAAUCCAACGUCGGCUGAGCAACCAUGGUGCUUUGUUUCCAGACCUUGGGAUUUGAUUCCUGAAUGGGAAUUCUGCGACAUCCCCUUCUGCUCCUGCCGCAAAGAAUCCCCGGAAUGCAGAUUGACUUUAGAGGGAAGGGAGUAUGCAGGAAUGAAGAACGUGGAUGGAGAGGGCCGGAGGUGUCAACCUUGGUUGACGUCAGACCCCAAGCGAUUCCAUCGCCUGAACUUCUUCGCUUUCCCAGACCAACUCAUGGACUAUAGUAACAACUACUGCCGCAAUCCUGGUAGUGGAGAAACCACUCUAAAUGCACUCCAGGAAUUUUGGGCAAUUCCGGACAAAGACGAUCUCUGGUGCUUCAUUAAAGAAAAAACUAGCCAAACAUGGGGACUGUGCAAGGUCCCAUUCUGCUAUGAAUUGUAUGAGCGUUCCGCUCUUGAAGGUAAACCCACGGAAGGAUACCCGGAAUGUUUGCAAACCGAGAUGGGGAAGGAAUACGUGGGGACGACGAGAAAGACCAGGUCUGGGAACCCCUGCCUCCGAUGGGACACUCAGCCCUUUGGAAAGCUUGAGGACUUCGACCCGAAUUUGACCUACGAUGAUCAUUUCCGAUUUGGCAAUCCCGCAUCCCAUCAAGAUUUCUGUAGGAACCCGACGUUGAAGGAGAAACCCUGGUGUUUCGUCUCCGAUCUAGAGAAAAUAUGGGACUACUGCGAUAUCCCCCGUUGCCCUGACUUACACAACAAGACGGAAUGCAAGUGGACGCACAAUGGAGAGGAGUAUGCAGGGACUCUGAACGUGACGGUGUCCGGCCGUCUCUGUUUGCCUUGGAAUGACUCUGGAUUACUGGACAAGUUUUGGCCGAAGUUUCCUGAAGACGUGACGAGCGAGAAUCACAACUUCUGCCGCAAUCCAACUGGGAAGAAGGACCUGCCUUACUGUUUUGUUGGUUUUGACAAUGACGAGAAGACGUUCGAAGGCUGUGACAUCCCUUUCUGCCCUUUGCACUACCUCCACGAAAGAUGUCUCCUUGGCAAUGGAAGCAAUUAG